CGGGGGACAGCUUCUGCCUCGCUGACCAACAUCAAGGUCAACAAGGCACAACAGGGGAACCCGUUACUCAAGGCGUUCAAAGGGGUUUCCUGGGAAUAUGCUUCGCCGCUAGUACCGGACUACUUGGUGAAUAGUACCAUCUCCGUGUUCUUCCUCUCCCUCAAGUACCACCGGUUACACCCAGAGUACAUCUACCUGCGGAUCCAGAAGACAGACGGACUGGCCAACCAGGCUAGCUUCGAUAACGGCUCUUGUAACAUCUUGAUGGUGAUUGUGGAUAUUGAAAACCACGUAGAGGUGCUCCAAGAGCUCAACCUGUACUGUAUCAUGAAUAACCUCUCGCUCAUGUUGGGCUGGAACUUCGAGGAGUGCGCAAAGUAUAUUGUCGCGUGCAAACAGGGGCUUGAUAAUAGGGCGACUAACGUCAAGGCUAUCAAGGGGAUUGAUAAUGACUCGCCCAGCUUGGAAUUUAAAACGCGAUUUGAGAACGUGGUGACGCGGGUGUCGCGAGUGAACAAGACGGACGCGCUGAAUUUGCUCCGCGAGUUUGGCAGUUUCCGAGCGUUAGCCCUGGAGUCGAUGCUCGGACAGAAACUCGAGGGGAUGAACGGAUUUGGUGAAAAAAAGAUUGAGAAUUUGGUAAAGAUGUUUGAGGAGCCAUUUGUGUACAAUCGGUUGGAGGAGCGAGCAGAA